GUCCCACCACUUCCGCGGCCACUGGAGCGUUUGACUAAACGGAAUCCAAUCAGAUAUAUUAUCUGAUUGAUAUGUACAUAAAUAUGCAAAGGUCACACACGUGGACGUCGAAUGAACAUUCCAUUUUGCUUGAUAAGCAGCACUUGAGGAUAAAUUUAGUCAUCCAAUUUAUUCCAUAUUUAAGCACUUGAUUUGGUCCAUAUGUACAUAAAGUUUCCUUAAAACUAAAAUUAAAUCAUGAAGAAUUUUUCUAUCUUGAUUCCAUGCAUCGUGUUUUUAUAGGGGUUGGGUGUGGUUGCCUACAUUCCGGGUGAAGGGGACGUUUUCGUCAUGCAAAAUAUUGGGGAUGGGGGUGGAAUCAUUCGGCCCAGCGGGAACGGAAAAGUUUGUGAACGUCUAGGCGACGUUCGAUCAAAUUGGGGGUUGACUGCUCCAUACGAAGAUCGGUACAAGAGGACCGCUACAAUUACCAAUUUCACCGGCGUUGAAUUGAUGACGAUUCACUCCUUCAUCCGGGAAGAAGGUCACCUCGUCAAUAAGAUCAUGUACGACGACUACCCGCCCUUUUGUUUCUUGGUGGAGCGGGAACUCGUCGUCAUUCCGGACAGUGGAUAUUACAUCGUGAAACAUGAGAGAAGCAAUAAAUGCUUGACCUCGUACGGGUCAGAGGUUGGGAUUUUAUUUUGGCUGGAUUGCGGCAACGUUGGACAGCAUUGGUCCUUCAUUCAAACAGAAUGAGCGUACUUAAUAUAAAUAACUUACUUACUCUUAAAAAGCUUGUAUUGAAAUACAUAAUAUCAAGCGGUAUACAUACAUUCAUUUGUGACCAUAAAAACAAUGUUAGAAGGUUAUAUCCUUUGGUAAUAUUUAGCUCGGUACAAAAUAUUUGUCGUAUCUAUGUGUCACAACAAAUUUUAAUAACGGAUAUAAUUUUAAUAAUAUUUACCAACCGGUGGAAAAGUUACUAUCGAGAAAUUAAUGCCAGAUUUCGAAAUGUUUACUAUUCAGCAAAUAAAAAAUUGAUUUUAGUUUAA